AUGUCAAAUUUAUGCUCUAGAAUUGUUUUAAAACCCGUUAAAAGGUUACCAAACGGUACAGAUUUGUUAGUGGAUGAAACUAAUACGUGGAUGAAUGCUGAAAAUGUCAACAAUGGUGGUGGAUUAUCAGUGUCUCCACCAAACACAAUAUCUCAAAGGGAGUUGACAACACUGGUGUCGCAUUGCUACAAUGUGCCAACAUCCCCAUGCAGCUCUAAAAGCUCCACUCCCUCGCCCACAGCCCUACCUACAACUCCCCCCAGGCACAGCUACCCUUGA